UAAAUGGCUAAAAUUUUUUGUUUUCCAUCGGAAACAGUAUUUUACGCAUGUAUAACAGUUUUUUAGAGGAAGGUCAACAAUAUGUAUGCUGAUUUUGCUCCGCUGUUAUUAUUAUCUAUUAAUUUCAACCACGAACAUGGGUUGUCAAGUGAAAUUUUAUAAAUAUGUUUUCGCGCUAGUGAUUUAUAUCAAUAUAAAUACAAUUAUUCUGGGUCACAGUUUCCACCGGAAUGACCAGCUAAUAAGACGCAUCAAGAGAUCAUCAUUUUGUCCUGCAAAUACACAAUGUGUUCCUGUGUCUUCGUGUUCUUAUUUCACAAAUCUAUUAGAUAAUAAUUGUGUUCUGAAAAACAGAGUUGGCGAAUUGGGUUGCGGCGAACCUGGUUUAGUAUGCUGUCCACAGGUAAGCCAAGCAAACACAAUUUUACCUGGAAAAAUUAUAGAUGGACUUCGAUGUGGAUUUUCACAAGUUCAAGGUGAUGGUUAUGAAGGUAUUGGUGCGUUUCCCUGGGUAGCAAGAAUCGGAUAUAGAAAUUUACUAAAUGGUGAAAUAAAAUAUCCUUGUACAGGAUCUAUAAUAAGCUCAAAGAUAAUUCUAACAGCUGCUCAUUGUGCUUUAGCAAAAGCAGACAAUUUUAAAUUGUACAUCGUCCGCGUGGGAGAAUGGAACAGUAAUACAGAAAUUGAUUGUGGAUUGGAGUUCUGUGGACUUCCGACACAGGAUGUAUCUAUUAGUCAUGUUGUGGUACAUCCCGGUUAUGAGAAAAACACGUAUCGACACAAUAUUGCUUUAAUUGUUUUGAAAUCAGCUCUAAAUUUCACAGUUACUACACAACCGAUAUGCUUGCCAGAAUCCUGGUCGGUGACUAGCAAUAAUGCAUUCUUAGUUGGUUGGGGGAAAGCUGCUGGACAGACAUAUACCCCUUCAAAACAGCAAGUUUUGCAAUUACCAAUUAUAGGUCUUCAACAGUGUGUUCAGGUUUAUGGGAGGACUUUGCCUAUUAGUGAUGAACAAAUAUGUGCAGGGGGUGAGAGCGGAAACGAUGCCUGUAGUGGUUUUGGUGGAGCACCGUUGAUAGUGAAACAUGGAAAUACAAAUUAUCAGGUUGGGAUACUUUCAUUUGGUUCAGAUCAAUGUGGAAGUCGUGGAGUGCCCAGUGUAUACACAGAUGUGAAAAAAUACAGCAGGUGGAUUAGAGAAAAUACUCCAAAAAUAUAUAACUAAAAAUAAUGUUAAUUGGUAUACCAAAAAUGAUAUUAUAGAACGUUUUAAGUAUUAAAAAAUUAUUUUUUUAUAUUUUUAAGAUUCAUUGUAAAAUAUGAAAAUGAUGUAAUAAUUAAAUAAUUAAUAUAGGUAAUUGC